UUAUUUUCUAUUUUAUCUUUGCAAUAGAAAACUGUACCUGCCGAAAUGUCCAUUUCAGCAAAUAUAAGUGUUGAAGCUCCAAUUGAAAAUCAAAUUCAAGAAAUCGCUUACGAUGGAACCGAAAUAUACCAAUUACCACCUACUCUGUCGGAACAUUUGGCAAAAUGUGCGGCAAAAAUUGAUUUUAGUAAAACCGCUAACGACAUUGAUUUGGUGCAGCAAAGCUUGAAAAAAGAAGACGAAAAGAAGGACGAUGAAUCGAAAGAUUCAGCGGCUCUCUUCCAGUCCAGCUUAUGGCCAUGGGAUUCCGUUCGUAACAAGCUGAAAGAAGCUUACACAGAAGUUUGCGUCUUGUCGGAUGUUCUUUCGGUUGCCAAGGAGAAACGUUUCAUGGUGCUGGACCCUAUCCCACAAGAACCACCCGAGGUUAAACCGAUGGUACAAGUUUACGCGAGAAAGAAAGCUUUAGCUAGUGCAGCUAAUAUUUUACUAACCGGAGCUGAGCGAUUGAAAACGGCACAUACUGAUCAAGGGGGUGCACGCAGUGUACCAGAUUUCCACAUUGAGUUGCUCAGAUUACGUAGAAACUGGCGCUUGAAAAAAGUUUCAAACACUAUUAUUGGAGACCUGAGCUAUCGAACUGCCGGAUCUAGAUUUAUGCAUCCUGGUAUGUUCGAGGUGACGAAGGCUGAGGAUGAAGAAUCUAGCGAAGAAGGCAGCAGCUCAACUUCAGUUGGUGGAGUAGCUCCAGGCCCUAAAAUAAACUCUGCUUUAAGAGUCAAUGUACCCACUGAGCUGCAGGGAGUAGCAUUCAUCAAAGUUAUUACUCAGAAGGAUCAAGAAGAUUUAUGCACGGCUACGGUUAAUAUGAUGGGAUCUACACAGCUACAUAGCCCGCAGGCGGGGGCGUGGCAACAAACUUUGGAGUUUGCCCAGAACGUAUUGUUCUGCAAGGAGCUGUUCAAUCAGCUAGCAAGAGAGGCCGUCCAGCUGCAAGCACCAAUUCCACAUGUCGUGGUUGGCAAUCAAAUUCGUGCGACCUUGCUACCUGGAAUUCAAUUAAUAAUAUCCCUAUGCCACUCGACAUCUUCAGAUUCAAAUAACAGUUCGGAACCGAUUAAGGAUCACGAUCAUGUUUUGGAACAUUCCUUGCAUCAGUUGCUUCGCGAGUUUCACCAUAAAAAUACCCACCACCCAUUCCCACAUCCUGCUAGCGCUCCUCUUGGACCGAGUAAAAAGCGUAUGUUGGCAGGGCCAUUCGCUUACGACCGCUAUGACUUAUUGGAGAUGACCAAAUCACAGACCUUGUUGGAACAGAUAAUAGCUCAAGCUCAACAUAUAUUUACACGCCGCAGAGCUCAAUAUGUUCUGGACACAUUGGCGAAAGAUGUCAAGGAUCCCCAGAUCACCUCCCACUGGAAUGCUAUGAACAGCCCCACGAUGUCUUGUGUCAAAAUUAACAUCACCUCCCAUGGGUAUGACGCCAACUUGCGGACGUCGUUGGUUAUUCAUGUGAAGGAGCGCUCUCUGAAAUGUAUUUGCCGUGACGGACGCAUCAUGCACAUGUCCUACGAAAUGCAGGAGCUGCGCGACUUGAUUUACUGUCAAAUCAGCCAGCACCAGAUCAUCUGCCUCCAGAGCCUGGCCAAGUGUAUGGCUUGGCAGAUCUUGUCCAACAGCAGCCACCUUGGCAUCGGCUCGGUAGAACCGCUGGGUAAUGCUAGCUCCUGUGUGUUGGCAUCGCCGAACAGUGAUCGCCUGGUGGCCGUACAGGUACGGUGUGAUCCACAGAUCGAUGUAAAAGUGUAUAUUGCUCAAUGUCCGGGCAAGGAUUUCUUCCCCGGCUCGUUGGUUCAGGGACGUCACUGGGAACAUCUUGGGGGACAUUUUAAAGAGGUUCGUUUCGACAAAAUGGAAGGAAAGAAUUUCCACAAUAAAAUGGAAUUCCUAAUGGCUAGCUUAACGAGUCAGUCCUAACCAAUACUGGAGAAGCUGUUCUUGGACGACGUUGAUACAGUGAGCAGUGAGAGCAUGCAACAGCACCACUCUGAUUUGGUGAAACACUUCACUUUAGAUCUCAGCGGUUCCCGAAUGGAGUGAAAAAUCGAAAAGGUAAUUUAUUACGCAAGUUUAAUCUCGUGUUACUAUUCGAUGGAUUAAGUGCGAGUUUUUUUUUUACAUAAAUAGCCAAUAAUUAAUGAAUCAUCUCGUUAGAGGAUUGUUUUCUUUAAAAAAAAACGAAUUAUUCAUAAAUUUCGUAUUCCACAUUAGGGAAUACAUAUUGUCGAAAGUAAAGCGCGUCUGCGCGGAUUAAUUAACAUUGAACCGCUAAUCUACAAUUUAUUAACUUCAGAUAGUGUGGCAAAACUGCCACUAUCGAUCCAAAAUUGAUAACAUAAAAAUACUUU